GUCUGUAAUUAUUGUUUUGGGGUUGUUGGAAAACCCUGUUUUAGCGCCCGUGUCACCGGAAAAACAAGUCUGUUUAUAUUUCCACGUCUUGGACAAUCAUUAACGCUUCACAGCCAGAGCUCAACGCGCAGGGUAGUCAUGGCCAACUGUGUCAGCAUCAUGGGAAUUGUAGUUCGGAAACAAUUGAAGUGCUAGCUAUGGCAGGACCCAGGCCAGUUGUGUUGAGUGGGCCCUCGGGGGCUGGGAAGAGCACCCUACUGAAGAUGCUGCUUCGUGACCAUGAAGGCACCUUUGGCUUCUCUGUUUCCCACACUACCAGGAACCCCAGGCCAGGGGAGGCUAAUGGAAAAGAUUACCAUUUUGUGACCCGGGAGGAGAUGCAGAGAGGGAUUGAUAAUGGGGAGUUUCUGGAGCAUGCUGUGUUUUCGGGGAAUAUGUAUGGGACCAGCAAAUCCGCAGUGAGGGACGUCCAAGCCAGGAACCAGAUUUGUAUUCUGGAUAUCGAUAUGCAAGGAGUUAAAAGCAUUAAGAAGACCGAUCUCAACCCCAUCUACAUCUCUAUCCAGCCACCAUCUGUUGACAUUUUAGAAAAGCGUUUACGAGACCGGAAGACGGAAUCCGAGGAAAGUUUACAGAAGCGGCUGAAAGCUGCUCGGGAAGACAUUGCGAUCAGCAAAGAACAUGGUCUUUUCGAUUCAGUCGUUAUCAAUGAUGAUUUAGAAGAAGCGUACACUAACCUAAAGAAAUCACUCGCACAGGAGAUCGAAAAAGCCCAGAAGGCUAAGGAUUCCUGAAUGAUACACUCCAGCAGCCACCUUCCAGAGGCAUUCCAAGUGACACACGUACCACGUAGCCACAAUGCAUCCUGCAAUGCUGGGCCCACCAAUCAAACUAAUGCAAUAAAUCCUCAUCUUUACGUAGAUUCCUCCCCGAGUACAAGUUAAAGGAAAUGUUAGAAUAUUAGCACCCCUAAAUAUGUUUAUCUCAGUCCUCACUGCCGUCUUCCAAAUGUGACAGCUCCUGGUGGUUAUUUCCUAAGGAAAUUGGAUGUUUUAUUAACUUUAUUAUUACGUGAGAUUAUUAAAAACUGUGAAACAUGUUACAAAGCAUUGGAAUAUAUGGAUCGAAUGGAAGCCUCAGUAGUUUAAGGUUUAUGUUCCGUAUACUCCAUAAAUCUCGUUAUUUUGUGUUUUAGUCAUGUAACAUUAGGGCUGCCCACGUAGCAGGCUGUAAUCCAGACAGCAAAGGGCAUCCUGUGUUUUCUUUCACCCACAGCCUGGCUGGGAACCUCUCUAUGUUUUAUCACGUGGCUACCUCAUUGUGGGAUGGUCUGCAGCACCAGCAUGUGAAGUGUCUAGGGUUGACUGAGGACCCGACAUCUAAUUUUUUUUUUGUUUCCCUAGAAAACUAGAUAUUCAUCUUUCCCUCAACCACUAUCUUAGAAGCUCAUCCUCUUCCUAGUACGGGUUGGACUGCACUGUAUUCAUGUAACACGGUAUCUAUUGACAGUAGUUACAUUGUGACCAAACACCAAGUAUCCACAAAUCUUACCUCUACAUCUCCGCAAACACCAUAAUCCUCAAUCCAUUGUAAAGUUUGUAAUUAAUACAUUUUAGCUUUAAGUAGACCGUGGGGCCUGUUUGUUUUAAAGAUUUUGUAUUAAAUGUAGCAAUGGACUGUUCAGUACUUGUAAUCAAAUCCAAAUACUAUAAGCUGUCAGUUAAUGGGAUCAAUGCCACUUGCAGAUCUACAGAAAACCUUCGCAUAAUUAAAAAACUGUUUACAUCAAGCUGUUACAUUACAUUUCCCACAAUUUCAGGGAAUGUAGCAGCUGGAAUAUAUUGGAUGACCCUAGUCUGCAGUUGAAUGGGUUUAAAUCUUUAACACAGACCUGUAACUUGGAGGAUCUAUACAGCUAUCUGCUCUAACAUUCACUCCUCCGGGUGGCAUGCCUGCUUAAUUGGGGGAAUCCUGGUAAAAAUAAAGAAGGGGACUACCAAAUCAUUGUCGUACAAUGUUUACUGGCCCCCCUUGCAGGUGCCAGUAAACAUUGUACGACAAUGCCCUAAACAAUAAUUGUUUUUACCCUAUUGCCCAUCAUUCGGAAGGGAAAUAUGGCAAAACAUUCAGAGACCCAUUGGGGUCUAUUCACUAUUCACAUGGAGAAAUGCAAAUUUUAGCUAAAUUGGGGGGAAACAAUCCCUGUAUUUACAGUUCUGCAGAUUUUUUUUAAAGGCACCGAGACCACUUAAUCUCGUUGUGCUGCGAUUUCCCUGCGGAAACAACGGGAGGCUAAAGUACAUUCCCUCAAAAUUGAAUUGUAAAGUUUUGAAAACCCACAGUUUGGCUAUUUUUUGUGUCCAUUUUGAAGGUCAGUUUAAGAUUCACUAUAAUUCAGUAUUUACUUAAGAAACCUCUGAGUAUUUUCUAAAUACAUUUCAAAUAUGAAUCACCAACCAAACCUUUUAUCCACAUAACCACUCUAGGGAGAGAUUUCUCAUUCGACUCACGCAAAUACUGUAAAUUGUCUUGGAAAAACGUGUCCUUUUUUCUUUUAUCUGUGUACUAAAGGUGUCGUCUAUAUUUUGUUGCUAUAUUAUUGUAACUAUAGACCAUUAUUUUACUGUAGGAGAUGUGGCAGGCUGCUUACAUCACAUGGCUCACUGUGACAUCUAGUCAUUAUAAAAUCAAUAUUGAUUGUUUCCCGACCCGUUGAUAUUCUCUAAAACAGUGACUGGCAGUGAGCUGAAAACCUAGUGGAUAAAUUUAAAUCAGAAUCGCUGCUUUGGAUUUUAUUUCCCAAACUUGGCUGUUUAGCACAAAAUUGAGCAAUUCAGUUUUAGCUCAUUAACAUUCACAAUUUAGUAAGUAAACCCCAUUUUGCUAAUGGUUGCGAUAUCACAAACAAGAUGCCGAGAGGUGACUCAAAUAAAAACUGUAAUUUUUAUUAUUAUUAUAAUUUAAAGUGUAAGAUUACAUGUAUGUUAUAGCCUAUGUGUAUUAUUUUGUGAUGCACACAUAUAAAUAAAUACUUCAUUUCAGUGCGUUUAUGGGGGCGGCCAUCUUUAAGUCUCCUUUUGAGCAGAAUCACAACUUGUUCAACCUAAAACCGUGUACAAAGGUUAGUGUGCAUUUACAAGUCCUGAAAUCAUACCAAGGAGCAGGACCUCUCACAAUGCACCCUGGGACAGUUCUACACCUUUAGUUUGCGUAUGGUCGGAGCAGGUAAUUGGCACUACUGACCCAAGAACACUAAAGACUGCCACGGCGCAAGGGUAAGCCAAAAAUGCAGUUAAUGGAGUUAUUAGUAUUCCCUUAUAUACUCAUUACAAAAUAAUGCACACAGAGGCCUUAUCGCCUGUAAUCUUGUAUUCAGAACAAUUGAUGACUGUGAUCCUUUUAAUAGAUGAAAAAACUCAAUGCACGCUGACAUUAUAAUUUAAGCAAAAAAAAAAAAAAACUAAGCUCUGCAAAUUACCAUUACUGCAUUGUAUUACCAAAGCAGAAAAAAAAAUAUGAUGGAUUGUUACAAUUUUUCAGGGCACUUUUACAACUUUAUUAGAAUGAAGUUGUUAUGGUGCCAGAAAGUCCCUGGUGCCAGCUUACCUUCAUAAAGUUUUC